UGGGUGAAGGAGGAGCCAAAAAAAAGGCGAUGAAAAAGGGCAUACGUUCAAAUGAAAAGGUUUUUAUAGAGGUUCAGGUUCUACCAGCAAUUACUGAAUACAGAGCGGAAAAUUCAAAGGGGAGCGGCGGCCGAACUCCUGGUAGACAAAAGUCGUUGUUAGAGGGGAUACUGGUUUCCUCACCACCAUGUCAACACGGAAGAGGAGGUCAGCAUCAGGAGAGCCAGAUAAAUGAGGAGAAGGAUAACAUUGUCGACUCGCCUGAAGAAAAUGAAACGAAAACCAAACCUUCAUCUCCUUAUGCCAAAUACGCCGCGCCAGAUGCUCGUAUUUGGGGUCUGUAUCUGGAGGAGGCGGAAGCAGAGGAUAAAGAAUUAAUGGAGCCAUGGAACAAGGACUUGGACUCGCUUCUGAUAUUCGCUGGUCUGUUUGCUGGCAUUCUGACCGCAUUCAUAGUCGAAAGUCGCAAGGAGUUAUACGAGGAUCCACAAACGCGUCUAUUGAAGGACAUUCUCAGCACACUACAGAACAUCCCAAAUACUUUGAACCCUGAGCUGUUCGAGCCAGAGACAUCGUUUCUGAAUAUCAAUGGUCUCUGGUUCACCAGUCUUAUGCUCACCCUCAGCAGCGCGCUUGGUGGAGUCCUCUCCAAAGGAUGGAUCGCAAAGCACAGCAGCGCUUCCACUCGUAAAACUUCGAACGACGCGUACGCUCGUCACCUACGUGCGAAUCGUAUCCGGAAAUGGAGG